UUUACGGUAUUUCAUUUAAUUCAGUUAAUAAUAUUAAAAGCAUUUUGAAGUUAAGCUUGUUAUUUUUAUUAUUUCAGAAGUUUUGUAUCUGAACAAAAACUUGUUGUUUUGCAAUUAGAUUGUCAUGUGAUUAAAUUUACAAGUAUGAUAAUUUUUGUCCUUCAGGAGGUGAUUCACAUGAAAUUUACUUUUAAUUCAAUGUAUCACAGCACCAAAUUAAAUAAUAUCGAAUUAAUAUGCCAUUAGCAGAAUUUGAAUUUAAAGGCAUUACCCAGCGCCCAUGGAUGCCAUUGUUAUUUAGUUAUUGAAAGAGUAAAAAUGAAAUCCAAAGUUGAUAUUGUGAUUCUGCUUUAUGCUUUUAUUGUUGUACUGCAACAGAUGGGUAUAGUACGAGGACAAGAAGAUGAGUACGAGUAUUACUACGAGGAUGAAAUCACUUCUACUGUCGUUCCUACAACGACUACAACCACCACCACAACAACAACCAUGAGGACAACAACAGCUGGUAAGAAAAAACCAACGAGAAAAGUUCCGGGAAGCUCUCAGACGAUUGUCGCUGGUCCCGGUAAAAAUGGAAAGCAGCAAGCCUGCAGUGCAAGAACAUGCGUCGGUUAUCAAUACGGCAGACCGGAUGUGGUUUUCAAUGUAAUUGCAGAUAUGUACGAUUUACAGGCGAUGCUGCCAAAUAAUAGACGGAACGGAGGAAUGUCGUACGUGCCGCAAAAUAAGGAACUUCCUGCAAGAUUUGAACAACCAUUCGCAUACUGGUACGGUCCGCGACAGAUUUCCAAACCUAUUCGUAGACAGCAACCGACACUGAUUGACUAUGGAAUAAUCCGUCGUCCUGGCAUUGCGCAAGAAUCUCUUUAUGGGUAUGACGAUGGUGGUGAGCUGUAUACUGACUAUUACGACUACUAUGAAUACGCUGAUUACGAUUAUCCGGCGAAAAAUAAGCAGGAUGCAAAGACUAAGGACUCGAAUCGGCUGUUUGUCAACUUUAUACUGAACGCUCUUGGGCCACGCCGUCCAAACUAAACGGGUUUAUUAGGUGUACUUCUUUAAAUACAAACAUAUUAACA